AGCAACAUUCACCACAGGAGUAGAACACUACUACGUGUGUUGUCAAGAAAGCAUGGCUACCAGCGAUGAGCCGCGGCAGCAACCGCUGCACAUCCUUUUCUUCCCCUUCUUCGCGGCCGGACACCUCAUCCCGGUCGCCGACAUGGCGGCGCUAUUCGCCGCUCGCGGCGCGAGGUGCACCAUCCUCACCACGCCCGUCAACGCCGACACCAUCCGUCCGGCUGUCGACCGCGCCAAUCUCCACGGCACCGACUCCACCUCGGCGGUCGAGAUCUCCCUCAUGCCUUUCCCCGACGUGGGGCUCCCGCCGGGCGUCGAGAACGUGACGGCCUUGGCGACGUUGCAGGUAGACUACAGGGCCAACUUCAUGCAGGCGAUGCAGCUGUUCCGCGAGCCCUUCGACCGGUUCCUGGCCGACAACCACCCCGUCGACGCCGUCGUGUCCGACAGCUUCUUCACCUGGUCCGCGGACGCCGCUGUGGAGCACGGCGUCCCGCGGCUCGUCUUCUUUGGUAGCAGCCUGUUCGCGCGUUCCUGCAACGAGUGCUUGCUUCGCAACAGCCCGCUGGAGACCACGACAACUUCCCCCGAAGACAACGACGGCGGACGGCUCGUCUCCCUGCCGGGGCUGCCGCACCGUGUUGAGAUGCGGCAGAGCCAGAUGAUGGACCCCGGGAAUCACUUGUGGGAGUUCUUCCAGAGCAACAACGCAGCCGACCAGAGGAGCUUCGGCGAGGUGUUCAACAGCUUCCAGGAGCUGGAGCCGGACUACGUGGAGCACUUCCGCGCGACGCUCGGCCGCCGCGCGUGGCUCGUCGGGCCGGUCGCGCUCGGCACCAAGGCGAAUGCACUCCCGCCAGGAGGCGGCGCGGACAGCUGCCUCCGGUGGCUAGACACGAAGCCGGCCGGCUCGGUGGUAUACGUCUCCUUCGGCACGGUAAGCAGUUUCUCCCCUGCGGAGCUGCGCGAGAUCGCCCGCAGCCUUGACAUCUCGGGCAGGAACUUCGUGUGGGUCAUCGGUGGUGCAGCGGCCACGGUCGACGACUGGUCGGAGUGGAUGCCUGAAGGCUUCAUUGAGCUGACGGCAGACGUCGACGACAGCCGCGGCUUCAUCAUCCGAGGCUGGGCGCCGCAGAGGCUCAUUCUGAACCACCCAGCCCUCGCCGGGUUCAUGACGCACUGCGGCUGGAACUCGAUACUGGAGGCCGUCAGCGCCGGCGUGCCGAUGGUCACGUGGCCACGGUACGCGGACCAUUUCUUCAACGAGAAGCUCGUCGUGGAGGUGCUCAAGGUGGGUGUCAGCAUCGGUGCCAAGGACUACGCCUCAUCUCUGGAGGCCCAUGAGGUGAUCGCCGGCGAGCUGAUCGCUCGAUCCAUCACGAGGCUGAUGGGCGACAGCCAGCUGGAAGGAGAUGCUAUACGGAAGAAGGCUGAUGAACUAGGUGUCAAGGCGAGGAGCGCGGUGGAGAAGGACGGGUCUUCGUACAACGAUGUCGGACGGCUGUUGGACGAGUUGAUGGCCCGCCGCCGGUGCGCCGCCGGUGCUCCGCGCGGUGGAGAAGAGGUCCGGGCAGCAGAUGGAUCUUGACCCGUCAGUUGAA